AUGUGCUAUCGCGGCGCCGGAGAGAAUAGGGGAGGGGGCGUCACAAACAGGCGCCUAGCGUCGCGUCAACUCCCGACGCCGCUACGAAGCGCCGCACAAUCUGAGGAGUCUGGGGAAUCUGAAGAAUCUGAGGAAUCUGAUGAAACUGUACAAUCUGAAGAAUCUAAAGAAUCUGGAGAAUGUGGAGAUUCUGGAGAUUCUGGAGAAUUCGAAGAAUCUGAGGAAACUGAAGAAUCUGAAGAAUCUGGAGAGUCUGGAGAUUCUGGACAAUACGAAGAAUCUGAGGAAACUGAAGAAUCUGGACAAUCUGAAGAAUCUAAAGAAUCUGGAGAAUGUGGAGAAUCUGGAAAAUCUGAAGAAUCUGAGGAAACUGACACUGGGGAAUCUGAGGAAUCUGAAAAAUCUGAAGAAUCUGGAGAAUGUGGAGAUUCUGGAGAAUUCGAAGAAUCUGAGGAAUCUGAAGAAUCUGGAGAUUCUGGAGAAUUCGAAGAAUCUGAGGUAUCUGAGAAAACUGAAGAAUCUAGGGAAUGUGAAGAUUCUGGAAAAUUCGAAGAAUCUGAGGUAUCUGAGAAAACUGAAGAAUCUGGGGAAUGUGAAGAUUCUGGAGAAUUCGAAGAAUCUGAGGAAUCUGAGGAAACUGGAGAAUCUGGAGAAUGUGAAGAUUCUGGAGAAUUCGAAGAAUCUGAGGAAUCUGAAGAAUCUGGAGAUUCUGAAGAAUACGAAGCAUCUGAGGGUAUCUGA